AUGCUCGAACCGGCCAUACGACGAAAACCUGUUGACCAGGCCAACGUCUACGGCCGUCCCACCAGCUCCUCUCGCCAUUCCGCAGUGUACAGCAAUCCCUCGGGCGGCGUCGGCGCAGCGCACGGCGUCUCCCCAUCGCAGAACCACCUCGCCCACCCCCAGCACUUCAACCCGCAGUCGCGCCGCUCCCCCUCCGUAAACACCUUCAGCACCGCGUCCAGCAUCCCCCCUCCGGCCGCGUACCGCAACUCGUCCGUCUCGGACCUCCGCCGAUCCACGUCCAGCCGCUCCGGCGGCUCCCCCCAACCCUCGGGCUACGUCGCCCUGCUCCGCAAGCAGAAGGCCACCGUGUGGUGCGACCGCGCCCAGUACGAGGACCCCCGCCUGGCGGCCCAGCAGCGCGCCGCCCGCCAGCGCGCCAACCAGGAGGUGUCGGGCGGCCGGUCCCGCGCCUCCCUCAAGCCCGGGAGCCGCAGCAACACCGGCAUCAGCGCCACCGGCAAGGUGGCCGCCAAGAUCCGCCACCACGGCAAGUCGCCCGUCGUCGGCCUCACCCCCGGCGAGAACCACGUCGGCGUCGGCGGCGUGCCCCUCCGCCUCAGCGCCACCGAGGUCGAGGCCGAGAGCAGCGACGACGAGAGCAACCUCCCCUCCGCGUCGCGCCUGCAGCAUCGCAGCACCGGCAGCAGCCGCAGCAGCCAGGCCAGCGGCAUGCGCGGCGUCAGCGGCUCCGGUCCCAACAACAGCUACCGCACCUCGGGCGGCCACGGCAGCAUGACGUCCCGCAACAGCCAGCGCUGGGCCGACACCCCCUCGCGCCCCGGCAGCAUGUCCGACAGCCAGGCUCAGCUCCACGGCCCGGGCCAGUUCGUCGACGAGGACGCCGUGGCCGUGGCCGCGUCGAGGAGCGAGACCCGCAGCACCCACAGCGCCAACAGCGAUGGCGAGAAGGCCGACAACGUGGCCGAGCUGGGCGGUGCGCCCCGACUGGCGAGCAACUCGCUCCUCCACUCGGCUCUCACGCGCGAGAAGAGCGUCAAGAAUCCCGAGGAGCUCAGACGACGCGGCAGUGUCGAUGAGAGGACCGCUACGCUUACCUCCCAGCGUCUCUACAUUGCCAACCCCGACUGA